CUGAAGGCUUGUUUUUCUGUCUUGACAGAUGGCACUCACACUGGUAUCCAUCUUAAUUGCUGCCAUCCCUGUGGCCUACUGCUAUCCUGCUGCCUUCCAAGACCUGGAGGACCAUGGCACAAACAGAACCUCCAUCAAGUUCCUGGCUGUAGGAGAUUGGGGAGGUGUGCCUUAUCCCCCCUUCAUCACUGCUGUGCAGAAGACUACUGCUCGGGAAAUGAGCAAAGUAGCGGCGCAGAUGGGAGCUGACUUUGUUCUGGCCCUUGGUGAUAACUUCUACUACAAAGGUGUGGACAGUGUGGAUUCUCCUAGGUUUAAGGAUACCUUUGAGUCUGUGUAUACAGCAAAGUCUCUCAAAGUCCCCUGGUAUGUACUUGCUGGCAAUCAUGACCACGCAGGGAAUGUUAAAGCCCAGAUUGAUUACAGCCACAAAUCUGACAGAUGGAAUUUUCCUUCUUACUAUUACGAGCUGAACUUCCGCAUACCCAACACUGGCAAGACCCUGACCAUCAUCAUGCUUGAUACCAUCAUGCUGUGCGGCAACUCUGAUGACUUUGUGGAUGAGAAGCCCAGAGGCCCCCUACGAGCAGUGGACGCCAACCGUCAGCUGGCCUGGCUGCAGGAGAGGAUGGCUCGAUCAAAGGCAGACUUCCUUCUAGUGGCAGGCCACUACCCUGUGUGGUCUGUGUCUGAACAUGGGCCCACUGAGUGCCUGCUGCAAAGGCUUCAUCCUCUACUGAUCAAGUACAAGGCCACUGCCUAUCUCUGUGGCCAUGACCAUAACCUGCAGUACAUUGAAGAGUCAGGUGUGGGCUAUGUAGUGAGCGGUGCUGGAAACUUCCUGGAUCCUGAUGUACGUCACUGGAACCAUGUUCCCAAAGGUACUGUGAAGUUCUUCACUGGCCAAGCUUCAACUCUGGGAGGCUUCGUCCAUGUAGAAGUCACAAAGAGCAAGAUGAUCCUGACUUACUUCCAGGCUAAAGGCACUUCUCUGUAUCGCACUGUCCUGUCUCACAGGGAAUUUGAAUAGAUGAGCUUACAACAGGAACAGCCAAGCUAAUGCUUUAUUGACAAUGUAAAUGGUGACCUAUGUAAUGGCUUUUUUUAUACUUUGGCAUUAAUGUUUAAUCUGUCUUUUAA